AUGCGACUCCAACACCUCUCCGAUUUCAAGCCCCAAGCCGCGACUCGCGCAUGGGCAUCGAUUCCCAAUCCCAACGGCCUGCCUCUCAUCGCAACAGCCACUUCUGAUAAAUCGGUCCGAGUCUACUCGCUCAAUAACUUCACUUUGCAUUCGACGUUGGAAGGAGGCCAUGAGAGAAGUGUGAGAUCUGCGGCGUGGAAACCGGGGGUAAGGAGAGAUGGUGCGUUAACGAUUGCGACGGGGAGCUUUGAUGCGACGAUGGGGAUUUGGAGACGGAAGGAGGAUGCGGGGGAUGGUAAUGGAAACGAUGGUGGGGAUGGACCAAUGGAGAUGGAGAUUGGAGCGGAUGGGGAAGUGAGUAAAGGGGCGCAGUUGAGAAGAGGAGGAGAAGAGGAGGAGGAUGAGGGGGAUGAUUGGGAAUUUUCGAUUGUGUUGGAGGGACAUGAUUCGGAAAUUAAAAAUGUGGCUUAUUCGCCCAGUGGACAAUGGUUGGCUUCUUGCUCGAGAGAUAAAACGAUUUGGAUUUGGGAAGAAAUAGGAGACGAGGGUGAGGAUGAAUUCGAAACAGUUGCAGUUUUGCAAGAUCACAAGGCAGAUGUUAAAUGUGUUUGUUGGAGAAAAGACGAUGGCAAUGGAGAAGUUCUCGCAAGUGGUAGUUAUGACGAUACGAUUUUAUUAUCGCGCGAAGAUGGCGAGGGAGACUGGGAGACCGUUGCUACAUUAGAGGGCCACGAAGGCACUGUAUGGAAUCUAGAUUGGGAGCCCGAAGUUCUCAUGAAGACAGAAUCUAGCGAUGAACCCUCGGCGCCAGCAACCCCACGACUCCUCUCCUCAUCUGCAGACAUGAGCAUUCGCAUCUGGUCCAAAGUACCGACGCCACCACCCCAAAAUAAACCCUCCUAUUUCAACCCCGGCAUCCCCAGUACCAUGCGCCCCGGCCCCGAGAAUGAGACCUGGGAAUGCACGGCCACGCUUCCUAAAGUCCACGAUCUACCCAUCUACAGCAUUAGCUGGAGUAAGCAAACUGGUCGUAUAGUAUCCACAGGCGGAGACGGCAAAAUCGCCAUCUAUGAAGAACAAACCAAGGGACGAAAUAGUGUGGGUGGUACCAUUGAGAAGGAAUGGAAAGUUCUCACUGUUCUAGAAGGUGCUCAUGGUCCUUAUGAAAUUAACCAUGUUACGUGGUGUCAACGAUUCGACAAUGGCAAGAAAACCCCAGAUGAAGAAAUGGUUAUCACGACGGGUGAUGAUGGACUUACGAAAGCAUGGAGUAUGGAAGAAAACGUGGCAGAAAGCAAGGUAGAAACAUAA